CUCAACACAGAGAUCUUCGUGUGGUAGUGCGCUUGCUUAAAGAUGGCGCAAGGGCUUUGAGCGGGGUGCCGUACCAGCACGAGGCGGUGUACCACGCCGCUAGCGUCGACAUCGACGGCGAGGCCGGCGCGGGUAUCGUGGAGCUGGGCUACGAGCCGAAACAGAUACGCGAGCCGUCUGUUCGGCUGACCCCUCCGCGGGUCCUAAAAUGGCUGACAGAGGCGGAGGUGGGUCGUGUGGGGCACUGCUUAGCUUUCGAAGACCGCGCGGCCGCCUGCCCGGCUUACGUGGGGGGCAAAGGAGCCUCUCUUGCGUUACUCUCUUCCAUGCAGAAGGCAGGGGGAUAUCGUGUUCCACCCGGCUUCUGUUUGACAAUCCACGCCCUUGAGUACCAUUUGGAAGUUAACCCUCAAUUGAUAAAGGCCGUUCGAGAAAUCGAAGCUGCCAAUGAAAACUACAAUGAAGCCAUUUUCAAAGAAAAAUGCAACAGAGCGGUUGAGCUAUUUGCUGCCACUGAAAUAAUCGGUGAGGUUCGUGAGGAAGUACUGGCACAUCUCAGUGAGCUGAGGAAGAAGGCGGCCAAAGAAAACCUGGGCCCUGAACGGCGGUUUGCGGUUAGAUCUUCUGCUGUGGGAGAAGACAGUGAGACCCUCUCGGCUGCAGGCCAGAACGAAACCAUACUGGGAUGCGUCAGUGACACAGACGUCCUUAAAGGCGUGCAGAAGUGUUGGGGUUCGAUGUUCGCGUUUACUAGUGCAUAUUACAGAAGACAGAACGGGCAGCCUUGCUUAUGCGGCGGCGGCGUGGUGGUGCAGGCGCUGGCGCCGGCGCGCGCGGCCGGCGUGCUGUUCACGCGCCACCCCGCCGCCGGCGACCCCGCGCGCCUGCUGCUCACCGCUAACUACGGGCUGGGGGAGAGCGUAGUCUCCGGAUCAGUAGACCCCGACACCAUAGUCGUAACCCGGGACCUAGACGACCAGCUGUCGAUCAUGAGCAUCGACCUAGGCUCCAAGACGCAGCGAGUGACGGCGGCAGAUGACGGCGUGACCACGGAGGCGGUGCCCGAGGCAGACAGGGCGGUGGCUUGCCUGAGCGAGGAAGAGGCGCUGCGGCUGGCCAGUAUAGGCGUGCAACAAGAAGACUGGUGGGGCGCUGGGAGAGAUAUCGAGUGGGCCAUUAGCGAGAAUGACAUAUUCCUGGUGCAAGCGCGGCCCAUCACCUCCUUAGAGCGAUGGACAGAGGAGGAACUUCUUCACGAACUUGAUUCUCCUAUCAUGGCUGACGAUGAGUUCACCACAUUUGCUAACUGCGGCGAGGUAUUCCCGAAGCCAGUGACGCCUCUAUCUCACGACUUGGUGGUGCAGCCUCUGAUCAAAGGCAUGAGCAAGACGGUCAGCAACGACAUCGGAGACUACGAGGACUCGGUCGCGUUCACGCACAAUAGGUGCAUGAUCGCUCUGUACAAUUCAGUAUACCGUCGCGCGCCGCCCGAAGUGGACGUCAACAUUCGCAUGGUAGAGAUGGCUCUCCACGGUCACAAAGUAGCAGAUGACGCCGUCAUCCAGACGGCCGUGCGCCGCCGCCCGCCCAAGUGGAGUGAUAAAAUUGAUAUGCUGUGGUUCCUCAUUGUGAGAAUCAUCUGGUCCAAAUGGCACAUGACCGACACGAUGAAGAGGGUGAAGUCUUUAGACAUCGACAUGACGUCAGAGGACCCGGCGGUGAUCCUGCAGUCCAUGGCGGACACCCGCAGCGCCAUGUGGCAGGUGGCCUACAACCAC